AUGGCCAAUCACUUCCUUCUAACCAUUAUCCUUGUGGCUUUGGCAUCUUCCUUUGCCCAUGCCUCCGAUCCUAGCCCGUUGCAGGAUUUCUGUGUUGCAAUUGCUGAAACCAAGGAUGCAGUGUUCGUGAAUGAGAAGUUUUGCAAGGAUCCAAAGCUUGCCACAGCUGAUGAUUUCUACUUUUCUGGUCCCAGGAUGCUCGGUCUCCACAUUCCCAGAAGUACAUCAAAUCGAGUUGGGUUGAAUGUGACUCAAAGGGUACCCCUCCAUGUUGGCUUUGUCACUUCCAAUUCCGAUCUUCGCAACCGCCUCUUCACCAAGGUCCUACGCAAAGGAGAUGUCUUUGUGUAUCCGGUGGGUCUCAUUCACUUCCAAUUCAAUGUGGGCAAAUCUAAUGCCGUGGCUAUUACCGCUUUCAGCAGCCAAAACCCAGG